AUGUGUUUUGGGUUGAAGAAGGAGGAUGAAAAAGAGGAGAAUAAAGGCGAAGACGGAAGCCGCUGGCCGACACCCGGGUGUCAGCUGGUGUAGAUUGAAAGAAUAUAUAUUUUUUUCUUCUUCCUCUCGAUCCACAUUGGCUCUGUUUUUCCUCACCCCUUGUGUCUUUUGGGCUUUCUUAUUGCUUUUUUCGGAGACCUAAUAAUGAGGAAAGAUCAUAAGAGAUUAAAGAAAUGGGCGUGGAAAGGUUGAAUAUUUUUCGAGCCUUGAUUGGAAGUGGGAAAUGAGGGAAAGGACAUGAAGGAUUAGAACCUGGCGGAGGAAAAAAAAAAUACCAUCAAGUUCUGCAAUCGAACAAACAAAAAAAACGGGGAAAAGCUCACGAUUCUGGAAAAAAAAAUGGGGAGCUCAAAGGAAAAAUUCGCUUUUGAAAUUUGGAAGGGGUUACUCGAAUAAUCCAAGUUCCUAUAUUGAAGAAAGGUCUGAAAUUUCGGAUAAUCAUAGUUUAGAAAUUUUAAAAAAAGUAGAUUUUUUUGGCUCAUUGAAGUCGGGAGAUUGAAUUGGGUCAAAAUGAAAGUUCACCAAAUUUAAAUGAAAGAAAAAUUUUUUUCACUUUCACAUUUAAUUUUAAGAAUUGAGCCGUGGGUAAUUCCAUGGUUUUUUAAAAACUUUCUUUUUUCAAAGACUUUCUCAAGAAGAAACUGAGGAAGCUGUGACAGAAAUGUUUGCUUUGAUUGGUUUUUUGAAUUUAGUGUCCAAGUUUUCAAAUGUUUAAGUAACAAACUUCUUUGUUCCUAGACUUCAAAACGAAGACUGAGUCACUCUGAAGGCGUCUAGAAGAAGUUCUUCAUAGACAAUCAUAUUAAAGGAGAUGUUUGCCAGAAAAAAUGACAUCAUAUACGGGUAAUAAUAGAACAGAGGGGAAGGAUAUUCCAUUAGAUGAGUAGGUCAUCUCAUCGAAAAUAAAAGAGCCGCGAAAUCAAGUCAUCCGUCGAAGGACAGAGUCAAGUGAAAAGCUCGGAGCAAUAUAGGCGGAGCCUAGCUUUUUUUUUUUGUUCAAAACGACGGCUCCGCCCUCACAGCCACCCUCACCCAAGUUCGACCCUCACUGAAAGUUGCCAAGAGAAGGAGAAAAAUAAUUGGAGAUUUGACAAGGGUCGCGUGUUCCUUGGAGCGCAACUGUUCCGGUGAGAAGGACGGGGGUCAAGAGAAAUUCACAUGUGUGUGUAGCAUCAAUCACGGAGAGAAUCUCACGUUGAUGUUGGAUUUGAAACUGCGAUUCGACAUGACGUCAUUUUCAAUUGAUUUCUGUGGGUUACGGUAGAAGUGAGAAUCUAAGAGGCAGUCCUUGAUAAUCUAAGGGGAGCUGGAGAAUUUGAAGUUUUCUCUUGGUGGAUUACGGUAGGUGGACUAGAACAGAUUUUGGAAAACAAAAAGAAUUUUCAAAAUUUAAAACGAGACCCGUAUUCUGUGUGUUACAGUAGCCCAGGUCUAUAAAUUGGAUUUUCAAAAAUUUAAAAUUGGGACUGGAAGUUUCAGUAGUGAUUCUAUCAGUUUUUUUAGGGUUACUGUAGCCUUGCUCUGAAAUUAAAGUUUAAUUUUGUGUCAUAAGUAUGAAAAUUCAGUUUGGUAACACAUUAUGGAGAUUUGUAAAUGAGAAAAUUUUCAUGAGAAAACUUUCAUUCCUGAGAUUUUUUGGCUUGAAAAAGUGUCAUUGGAUUCGGUGUAGUUUUGGUUGAAUAAAAUGAUUUUUUUCUUCGCUUUCUUUGUUUGGUCGAAAAAAAUCUUUCAUCCGUUUUUCAAUAAAAAGGAGAUUAAGCUUGCGAGGAUUCAUAUCGGAUUAGGUUUCUGAGAUUAGAAAAAAUAACAUUUCUAAUUUUUUUGAUUGAGUAGGGAUAACUUAGAUUUUGUGCUCUAUUUUGAAAAUUAGGGAAUUGUAUUUUGAUUGGGGGCUUUUGAAGACAUAUUUAAAAAAAAAAUAUAGAUCCAGGAUCAUGAUAGUUGAUCAAGGACAUGGUCUCUAUUCUGAGCAUGAAAACGAAAAAUAUAAAAAAUAUGAAAAAUCGUUUGAAAUUAUAUGAAUCGUAGGAAAAAUAAGAAAAUGAAAAAAAUAAAUGCGAAAAAAUAUGAAAAAAAUCAUAUCAAUCGUAUGAAAAUCCACGGGACGAUAAUUGAGAGAAAGUGCGCUCUAUGGCUAAAAGUUCCUUUUUAAAAAUAGAAAUUUCCAUGUCUUCAUUUUGAUAUUUCAAGGUUUCCUAACAUUAACGAGCAUUUUUUAUUUAUCUUGUGAAAAUCUUGUGAGAGUUCUAAAACUAAUAAAUCAAAUGAGAAAAUCGAGACAUGUGGUUAACAAAUAAUCUCCCUUGUAACACUGGGGUUUCCCGUCAGAAGUCACGUUUUUCUUCCCAUCUUUUUGGUGACGAUUUACAUUGUCAACAGGAAGCACCUGUUGCCCCUUGAUCCAUUAUUAUCCGUGCUUUCUGAUUUUUUCUCCUUCUUUUUCAGCUCAAAAGCACCAUCUUCACCCUCGUCGCCUCGAUAUUUCAAGGGUUCUCGCUGGUUUGGUGAGUCGAUCUUUACUUUUAGAGCCUGGUUUUGAAUUUUUAAAAAUUCUUUUUUUAAAAAGAAGUGGAUGCAAAAAUCGGUUUUAAGGUAUUUUUGUCGUUUUUUUAUCUUUUGAAAGCGAGUUUUUUUGAAGUUUAAAGGAUUUCGAGUGAUUUUUUUAUCCGAAAUUUCAGUUUUUCUGACCGAUUUUUUUCUCACUUUGAAGAUUCUCAGGCUCCUUUUUUUCAAGCUUCGAGGCUCAGAAGCUCAUGAAAAUGACAAAGAUUGAUCUGAAAUGUCGAAAAAAUCUUUUUUUUAAAAAUAUUUUUUUAUCUUGAAUUUUGCUGGGAAAAUAUGACUUGAUUAUCAAAUUUUAGGGUCUCAAAGUUAUUUUUUUCCUUUAACUUGUUGGAUUAAAGAAGAGUUGAGCAAUCCGAACAUCUCUUUUCGGAGAACCUUCUCAAAAAGAUCCUUGAAAAUGAGGAAAGUGCGCUCUAUUGAGAUAUCAGAGUUUUCUCAUUCUAGGAAUCGGAGGUGUCGGACCAUUUCUAGUGAUCGCUUUAGUAGCUUCAGAGCUCUUAAGUGAUCCCUAGAACUGCUCAGAAUCGUCCGGUUUUCGUUAUCAAGGUCCGAGAUGUCUAGUGCAAGUUUGAAAGUGUUAGAAGGGCUAGGAAAUAAAAAAGCACCCCAAAAAUGAAUAUUUUGACUUGAUUGAGAAGCUGCAAGUCGAACUAUUCUUUUCUUUUUCAGUGAAAAAAAUUCUCCGACUCCUCCGAAUUUUCAUAAGAAAUACGUCAGAUCUCUCCUCAAGUUCCGCAUUUUCCAACUUUAAGAGAAAGCCAAAAAAAAAAGAAGAAAAAGAGUUCCGAUCAUCAUUCCACCACGAGCUUUAUGGGUCGUUGGGCUUGCAGACGCGGGAAAAAGACAUAAAAAUGAAUGAGCAACUUUUCUCCUGUGGAGCAAUUUUUCGGCUCCUUUUUCUCUUUCGAAAAGAGCAGAAAAUGCUUGGUUACUGUGGCUGAAAUCCGUUUUUGGACGAAGUCGCUGUUAACAAAAUUUGGAAUGGACUUGUGAAACUUCCGCGGUUUGACUCGGUUUCCGGAGAAGUUGGUAGAAUUAAAAUGAGUUUUUGCACUUGGAGUGGCUCGGCGCGUCGCGGUCGCGUUGCGGUUUGAAAAAGAGUCUAUUUUGCGGAUUUCCAUUGAUUUUUCAAUUCGUUAUCUAACCUAAAUCAACGAUUUUUGGAAGUUUUUUUUACGAGUAAAAAGAUAUUUUAAAAAAUAACGUCAAAGCCGUUUUUCGUCCGAUUUAUCAAAGAAAUUUACAAACCAAGUAAACCCUCGAAACUGUGACUUCAUUGUUCAGAAUUGGGCUCUAAUAAGUGAGAAAAAUGAGCCUUUGAAACUAGUAAGUGUGCUCCAUGGAGAAACAUUUGAAAUAUACCAAAUUUUUUCUCUUCUAUUGACCACGAGUUUUAAGAAAACAUCUCUGAAAGUUUUUUCAUUUGAAAUCAAAUCUGGAAACUUCUGAAAAAAACGUCAAACCUAAUAGGGUUUUGACUGAGCUUGCAAUAGUUCCGCGCUAGUUUAAUUCGGUUUUUUUAUUGGGAAUGGCUCGAUUCAAUCAGCCUGUGUAUCCAAGUAGUCGGGAAAAUUGUGAUAUUUUUUUCCUUCUUUUUUAAACUUCCCAAAUUCAGAAUUUCAAGCUAACAACUUUUUUUAUUCAACCCAUUUUCGGCCUUUGAACUCACAAAGUAUUUUAAUUUGGCGGGGAAAAGCUGCGCGCGAAAAAAAAGCACCUAAAAUAGUGCGAAAUGACGAGGAAGGACGCCCUGAUUAAUUGAAGUGGAUGGGAAAAAAAGCCAAUUUAGGGCGAAAAAAAGUGCAACAAAACACACACACACAGAAAAUGAAUGCGUGAAAAAGGAAAAAAAUAAAAAUAAUAUGAAAUUUUUUUCGAAAAAGAAUAAUAAAAUUGGUUUGAAGAAAGACGAAAAAUAAAAUAUCGACUUUCAAUUUUUUUCACAAAUUUUGGAAUGAGCCUCCUGCAAAUCUAACUUCAUUGAAGAUAGCUUUUCCUCGUUUUUCAAACUCAAAAAUGGCUCCGAAUAAAAAUAAAUUGCUGCAAAAUACUCAUGAGAGCCCUUCACAUGAAUUAUUCAGCGGGUAUCAAAACCGAUCAUGAAAGUUUGAAAAUAGCUCUGAAAUGCGCUUUUCUGCGCUUCAUGGAUCGUUUUCCAGAAAAUCUUUGAAAAAGAAUCAUAGAAGUAGAAAAUGAGGUCAAAUACGUUUCAUGGAGAAUUUAAUUCAUUCCCCUUCUUUUUUGAAACGUUCGAAGACAGGUAGAAGAAGCAAUUAAAGUGAAAAAGUCAAUUUUAUAUAUUCAUUUUCUAAUCUCGUCUUUUCAGCCACUUUUUCCAUCCCAAUGAGCAUAAUCAAAUUUUUGGCGUUUAUUUUUCACUUUUUUUUGCAAUUUGAAUUACAAAUUUCUCACCCAAAGCUUUAUUGGAACGUCGACGUAACCUAAUUUUGAAUUCAUUGGUCUUUGAGCUCAGAAAAAAUAUGUAGAUGACAGAGAAAAGAAAGGAAAAUAGCCGCUAAAAAUGAGCUUCAAAAAGAGCCAUGUAUGAAUGAGCCAUACUUACCAGGAGCUUUAGAGUGGUCACUAUAGGAGAAACGUUAGGGACCACCUUACCAAUCCCUAUAGGGGCCACUAAAACUUGCAAAAGUGGUCCCUAUAGGGGACAUGCUACUCGACAAUUAUUAUGUACUCUAUGCGAAGAAGCGUUCCCAUGCGAAAAAUUAAAUAAUAAGCGUUUUUCAAACAAAGUUGAAAGGCCCCUAUAGGGACCACUUAAUCUUUGAGGGCUAAUGGGUCAGACUCUAAACCCCUAUAGGGACCACCUUAAUUUUCCCCUUGUAGAGACCACUUUUUCGGCCCAUCUUAGGUGUUGUUUUCCCCCUAACCCUAAAGAGAUCACUCUGGAAUUCCUUAGUAGAAACAUAUAAGCCUUUCAAAUAAUCACGAGAAUGAAGAAAAAAAGAGCAAAAAACAUCCGACUUUUUUAAAAGUAAUUUCAGACUCCUUGGCUAUUUUUUUCCUCUAAAAUGAACUUCUAAAAGUAAAACUUAAACCAAAAACUCAUUUUUUUUUCCUACGAAUCUUGUGACUUUUCUUCCCAUGAAUUUUGUACAUAAAAUGGGGAGUUUCGCGUGCUCUCAAUGGGUUCCGGAAGCGUUGGAAUGGAAUGACUUUUGAGCUGCAUAUCAGCUAUUCAAGACAACAAUGGGAGUUGGAUGUCUAGAGAAAGCUAUUUUGCUUCAUUUUGAGCUUCGAAUAAAAAACAAUAAAAAUUUUCAAAGUUGAAGAUCCUAUGGAGCGCAAAAGCUUGACUGAAGGGGGCUUUUUUGUGAUUUUUACAAUUCUUUCAGUUUUUCAUAACUAAAAUUUUUUUAAAUUGUCAAAAUCUCUGUGAUGGUAUAUUUUUAGCGAUGGAGCAUAUAAGCUUUUAUUUUUUUGUAGCUUUUCAUUCCGGAAGCCGUUUUCCCUGGGUUUUAAGAAAACUCCAUAAGUUUUGAAUAAAUUCUUUUUUUUUUUGAGUAGAUGAGGAUUUUUAGCGAUAGAGCGUACUAGGUGUCUCGUCAAGUGGCUGUUUUUGACUGGGGGGGGGGAUUUUUCUUGGCUUCAGGAUAGGGAUAAGGCGACGUUUGUACUAGAAAAAGUACUAGAAAGUAGUUUUAUUAAUUUCAAGUUGGGCUAGAUUUUGCUUCGAAGUUGGUCAAAAUCUCUAAAAAUUUGAAAAAGUUCCUUUUUUUCCCCUAAAGAUUGUUCUUAUAGAAUCUAGUCUGACCCAAAGCCGAUUCCAAAUGUAAAUAUUUUUUGCGCGGUUUAUAUUUCACCCGUUCUUUGGUAAAGUUUUGAGGGGCUCGUGAGCUCUUUUGUGAACGUUUCCAAUUGCGGCGGCUCAUGUGACGGCCGGAAAAGAGCAAAACGGCAUGACGUUUUCUUUUUGCAAACGGAGCCUUUCCUCACUCGAUUGCUCCUCUUUUUUUCGAUGUAAUUAACUUGGAAUUGAUCUUUCCCAUUUCGUGAGAAGGAUUACAGUUGGAAUCGGAAAAGCAGAGUGUUUCUGAAGAAAUUACGAGAAAAGUGACUAAAAGACGAAGCAAAAAAAGCUGAAAACUAGGGGAAUGGCUCAAAGCGGGACGGCUGCGGCGCGGUUGCUUUCAAAAUUCAUCUGAGUUAUAAAAAUCUCUAAAUUCAACCGCGAACCGCAGCGCGACCGCCUCGCGUUGAUCCAUUCUAUUUGCGACCGCUACUUGGCAUUGAUCACUUCAAUCGAACGGAUAUGGCAGAUUAGGGUGGGAAUCGAGAAUCUUAAUGAUAUAACAAAAUUGAAGCAGUGUUUCAUAGGAAAUCUCGAUAAAGUUGCCUAGGAAUCCUAAUUUUUAAUUAGCUGAAAACUUGGGGAAUGGCUCAAAGCGGGACGGCUGCGGCGCGGUUGCUUUAAUAACUCAGCUUAUUUUCUAAAUUCAACUUGAAACCGCAGAGCGACCGCCGCGCGUUAAUCCAUUCUACUUGCGACCAGAAAGCCGUCGUGGUGGACUUUUUCAAGCGAUUUUCCAGAAUUUAGUUGUAAAAAAUGGCUUGAAACAAGUUGGGGCUCAGCGAAUGGUAGCUUAGCUUCACAAAGCGUAGAAUGAGCCGCAACACGAGUUUUGAGCAAAAAAAUCUCAGCCUCGAAAAAUAGCUUCUCUAAAAAAAGAGCCUUGGAUGCUAAGCCUUAAUGCUGAAAAAAUGAGCCUUAGAAAAAUUAGAAAAAUGAGCCUCAGAAGCCUCAUAGACGAUGAUCGACGGAUUUUUCAGGUUCAUACCCCCGAAAUUGAACGUUGAGCAACUAGAAAAAAAAAACGAGCGUUUCUCAGCUUCUGAGUAUUACAAAUCAUCUAAGCAAAGUCAAUUUGAUCCUUGUAAAUUGACUUUUAGAAAAAAAAAAAAAAUGUUCCGCGUUACAAUGAAUCAUUUGCAUUAAUUUCAUGACGUUGCCCUCUGCACAAGAUUAAUUGCCGCAAUUUCCCGGGAAACCCUUUUUUCCUGUAGAAAAAUGUUAGCUCAUGGCUGAGGAGGAGGAAGAAAAGUUGAAUUUAUGGACUAUUUUUUUUCAUAAAUUUUAGGAAAGGAAGUUGAUGAAUUUUCGGUCUCAUUUUUUUUCAAAAAUGAGUAAUAAAAAAACGUGGAAAAGUGUCUGGGAAAUGAGUUGGAAAGGUGAAAAAGUUGAAUUUUUUUGGAUUAUUUUUUUAUAGAUCUUACAAAAAAACGUGUGUAAAAAUUUGCGAAGAAAUUAUGAAGAAGUUGAUUUUUUUGGCCAAUUUUUUUCAGUGUAAAUUCAAAAAUCGUGAGAGAGGAAGAAAACGAGAUAAAUUUGAGUUUUUUUGCUCUUUCCAGUAAAUUUAUUUCCUUGAGAAAGCUGAAUUUCGACUUUUACGCUCAAAAUUUUUUUUAUUGAAACUCAUGGUGCAAUUUACAAAAAAAGUCAGAUCUCAAGUUUUUUUCCCAUUAAACACACGGAAGCUUGAUCUAUUCUCCUAACUCGAAUUUGUGAAAAAAAGACAUAAUUUUGUUGGAUUUUCCACUUCCUGUUACAUCAAUAAUAGAUGCAAUUAGUCAUUCUUUGACGAGUCUUGAGGGGCAGAUUCCUUGUCUUGUUUUCGUGUUUUUUUUCUUCGAGAAAAAAAAGCCGAGUUCGGCUGACCUUUUCGCUUGAUGGAUGGAUCAUAAGGGCUUGUCGUCAACAAUUCUUCACCCUUUCGAUGAGAGUUUAUAAUUAAGUUCUUUCCUUCUCGCUGGCUUGCGGGAUGAGCUAUAGGUCGUGUAAAUAAUCGUCAACCCGACUUGGAGUCAUAGGAAGUUAAUUCACCCGAACUUCAACCUUUGAAUCCAGAAAAAUGGAGUUUGGGAUAAGUUUUUUGGUUCAGUUUAAUGGAAAAAAAAUCUUGAAAAUUCGAAUUUUCCUACCUGACAUCAUAUCUGAUGAAUAUUUGACUUUGAAAACUGAUAUAUUUGUAUUUGAUGACUCAAAAAACCUUGAGAAAAAAUAGCCGUUAAAUAAUGAUUAUCUGCGAUCCGUGGAUAAUAACCACCAAAUGACCCCGGAGCGGAAUUUAGAACUGGUUAUACAAUUGAAAACCAACCUAGAAAAAUUUUCAUGAUGUUUAUCCAUGGGGCGCACAAAAAUCAGCUUCAAUGGCUAUUUUUUUUCUCGCACCUUUUUCUAAACGAGAUUUUAUUACUUGAGUUUUUUUACUGAAGAAAAAAAGGUUAUUUUUUUUCCAAAAAAAUAGAACUUAUAGGAUGGCUCAAAAAACCUUGAGAAAAAAUAGCCGUUAAAUAAUGACUAUGUGCGCUCCGUGGAUAAAUACAACCAAAUGACCCCGGAGCGGAAUUUAGAACUGGCUAUACAAUUGAAAACCGGCCUAGAAAAAUUUUCAUGAUGUUUAUCCAUGGGGCGCACAAAAUCAGCUUAAACGGCUAUUUUUUCACGAACCCUUUUUUUUCGCUAAACGAGAUCUUAUUACUUGAAUCUUUACUGAAGAAAAGGGCUAUGUUUUUUUCCAAAAUUGGAAUUUAUAUUUAUUUUCCAAAAAAAUAGAAUUUUGAGGAUGGCUCAAAAAACUUGGGACAAACUAGCCGUCAAAUAAUGGUUAUCUGCGCUCCGUGGAUAAUAACCUCCAAGUAUGUCCAGAGCUGGAUUUAGAGCAUUUAUUCCAAUCGAAAACCGGCCUAGAACAUUUUUCAUGAUGUUUAUCCAUGGAGCGCACAAAAUCAGCUUAAAAACGGCUAUUUUCCCACGAAAAUUUUCCACGAAAAAAGGCUAUAUUUUUUCCAAAAAUGGAAUUUAUAGACCCUAUUAGGUAACCAAGGCGAUGGCUACUUAGAAAAGCCGUAAAAUAAAUUGAAUUUCCGAAGCAGUUUUGGAAGUUUUAGUCUUCCUGAAAGGGAUUUCUUUGAAAAAAUAUAGUUAAGUGGUCACUUGAGGAGUGUGAAAAAAAUAUAUUCACUUCUAAAAUAAAUUCUAUGAAAAGUCGUAAAAGGUGACUUAUAACUGUGACGAUCUCAGAAGGCGGUCAUUUUUUUCAAAUUUACUCCUUAAGGGGUCACUUGGAAAAAAAGCUUCCAAUAUUUGAAUUCUAAAAAAAUAAUAAGAAUUUAAGAAUGUUGACUCUCAAGGGAUCACUUUGUUGAAUCUUUGCGAGACUGUUUAAAUUUUUUCUGAAAAAAAGCCUUUUGCGAAUACAAAAAGUACCGUAUCUUGGAAAUUUCUACAGUAACCCAAGAUGGUAUGUACUGGAAGAGUUCCUAAAAUUGCAUCAUCUAUCGAUUGAUAUACAACUUACACAGAAAAAAACUGGGCGAUUCUCAGGCACGCAGGUCUGCCUAUCGUAAUCCGGCUACGGUAGGAGCAAAUGGCUCAAAAAAUCAUUUCCGCAAUCCUGACGUCAUAUGAUCGCCCUGGUUGAAAUUUCAUAAAAAUCAAAAAAAUUUUGUGAGAAUUAUGAAAAUUAGAAGGACAGCGUGUUAAUUUUCAAAUUCUUUGAUUAAUUUACAUCAGAAUUAUCAUUUUUUUUAAAAAAAUUUCUUUUAAUAUUCAAGCGGACUAAUUAAUUGACAUUUUUUCUCCAAAUUAAUAAACCCAGUUGCACUUCUGAGUAGAGAUUAAUUGGAUGAUCAAAUUUGCUUGUAGAGAAAAGGAGAAAAAAGGCAUCCAUUUGUAUUCCAUUCAACAUGAGAUGAGCAAAAUCCACACCGACGGGGGCCAAAAUGGGCCUUUUUUCAGAUGAUGUCAGUGCAAAUAUCCUCCAGAGCAAAGAGAAUGGCCAGUUAUUGAGUAUAGGAAAUGGCAGCUGGGGAAUGUGCUAUAAUGGCUCUGUGGCAAAGAAUGUGUUAUUUGGAGAAAGUUUUGGGUCGAAAUCGAGGUUACCUAAGGAUUUAGGAUUUUUUUUGAAUUUUGAGAAAACCAGUGCCUGGAAUUAAAAAAAUAAGGGUCUUUUUAAUUUUAAGGGGGAGAAUUUCCUGAGAAUUGGCAAGAAAAAUUCCUUGAUGACACAUUUAAAAAAAUCCCUUAAGUGUUAACUUCUCUUUUCAAUCAAGAAGGUUUUUUUAUGUAUAAAAAUACUGAAAAAUUGUCAGAAAUAUUCCUCAAUGAAACCCCUUAAGUGUUAACUUCUCCUUUCUUCAACGAAAUUCCAAAAAAAAACCAUCGAAAUUAAUUUGAAUAGGCAUUGUUUGAGACUUUCAGAACCUUAAUAUGGCGGCUCAAGAAGAACCCUGGCAAGUUUUCAAGAAAUUUCAACCUCGAAAUACCCAAAAAACACUAUAGAGGUCCCUAGGUACGAUCUUCGAAAUACUUGAAGGUUCCCCUCUAGGGACCACCUUAUCCAAUAAGGGACUGGAAACCUUGCAAUCGUGCUCAUUCGAGCGACUUCAGUUAGUGAGCACUUUAGGGGAACAUGCUAGCCGUUUUUUGUUAUUAAUUAUGAGACAGAAAAAAAUGAAGACGGAAAAAUCUGAGAAUUCACGGUUUUUGAAUCAAAAAUAUCAACAAAAAAAUUUAUCGGCGACGUUUUUUUUUAGAAUUUUUAAAUGCGAACAAAAAACUAGAUCCCUAUAGGGACCAUUUGAGCUUUAGGGGUCGAAUCUUAAACCCCUUGAGGGGCCCCUUAAAUUAUACCCCUCUAGAGCCUUUUUUCCCGAACCGCUCUAGGGACCACUCUGACUCUCCUAGUUAAGUAAUUACAAUCUAAGAUCAAGAAACGUUAUUUUUUUCCGAAAAGUUGUCGAAUCGAAGUUAAGUUACGAAAAGAAAAAAAAGGUAUUCCAGCAGGCCGACAGUUUAUAAAAAAUAUCCAAACGAUGCUUCUAAUUAAGCAUCAUCUUGCAAAUCGGCUAUUCGUUGCAGGUUCGUGAUGUCUUACGUUCCCGGCGGAGAAAAAGGCCUUCGAUUCAUGACGUCACUCUUCACGUCUUUCGUCAAACGAUCUCCAUCAACCGUCCUGCCAAUCUAA